AUUGCUGAUUCACAUGCUUGCCGGCUUUUUCGGUGCUGCGAGCCAUCUGUCCUGACAGAUGCAGAAUUUGCAAGGACAAUGCUUAAUCAUGUUGCUCUGCAAGUUCUACUCGAUGGUUCAGAAAAUGGUUUCUCUCUGUUACUCUCAGAGGUUCGUGCUGUAUUGACUGACGUAGCCGAGGCUAAGAGUAUAACUCCAAUGUCCGCCUGUUCCUCAUCUACAGGAGCUUCCACCAAUUCAUCACAUGUUUUUUCACUUCGUCGUCUGCUCCGCCAACAUAAGCAGGUUUUUAAGACUUAG